AUGAGUGUGUCCCUGGCCGCAAGACCCUCCUUGUCUUUGUUAUAUAGGAGCAUAACUCCUAAAUCACUUUACAGACACUCAACCAUUGCGGUAUCUACCUCAGCAAUUUCCCACAAUCUACCCUUUUCGCAAACACGACGUUCAUCCAUCAUGACCCACCCAGCUCCGCAGAGAGGCUUCGAGAAAUUCCGCACCGCCAUCCACGAGUUCGACAAAGUCGUCUCAACAACCACCAAACUCCUCCGCUUCGCCCACGUCCUCCGCAUCCCCAUCUACAUAACCACCCAAACCCGCGCCAAGCUCGGCGAGACCGUCUCCGAGCUCCAACCCUUCCUCACCACCGAAAACGACAACAAACCGCACCCCCUCGUCGCCGCCGACCUCGACAAAACCCUCUUCGGGAUGUACACCCCCUCUCUCGCCUCCUUAUUCUCCUCCUCGCCCUCCAUCAUUCCCACGCACAUAGCUCUGGUGGGGAUCGAAUCGCACAUCUGCGUCACGCAGACUUGCUUGGCUUUGCUGAAGAAACAUCCCGAGACGAAAAUCUACGUGAUUGCGGAUGGGGUUUCUAGUUGUAAUAAAGAAGAGAUUCCCGUGGCGCUGGCGAGGCUGAGGCAGGAAGGGGUGACGGUUACGACGAGCGAGGGGUGGAUGUAUGAGUGCAUGGGGGAUGCGGGGAUUCCGGAGUUUAGGGAGGUGGUGAGGAUUGUGAAGGAGACGGGGGAGGGGACGAGGGAGGCGUUGAGGGCGUUGGGGCCUUUGGGGGCGAAGAUUUAGUUCUAGGGGGGUGGUGGGUGGCGGGUGAUGAGGAGGGAAUGGGACUCAUCGGGAUGUUAGUGUUGUCAGUAGUUUCCCUGGCAACCAACAGGGGUUUUGGUAGGAGAAAGUUGGUGAAACAUAUGUAAUGGCUUGUGAAAUUAAACAUACGGUCUUUCACACAAAGAAGUCAAAUACUCUGUCCCAUUUUCCCAUUCCCAAAGGUUUAACGCCAUACGGCCCCAAUAGUUCGCCAAAGGAGGAAAUAGAGAAAAGAAAGAAGACUCAUCAGCGAUGUCCUGAUCGACAACAAACGAAAACAGAUUGAAAAGGGG